AACUCCUCGCUAUAGCGCAAAUCCGUCCCAUCCACCGAUCGAUAGCAGUCCAGUUCCCCUUGCCAUUAAUGUGGCCAAUUCUAGUGUGCACGUGACAUCGGAGUGUGCCGGAGGUGUGUCCCCAUUUGCCGCCAAAACAUGGGGGCGACUACGCUAGAUGCUACCCGCGGUUGACGGUGGAGGCCGCAAGCUGCGUCGCCAGCACGGCUUUCAGCUGCCCCUGCACCCCCUUCAGGUCACCGGUUGGCUGGCCUUGUCUGGACUCUCCGCUGGAGCCUUCUUGGUCCUGGUGCCAGCCCUGCCGCUGCAUCUACAGCCUGCCGUGCUCAUCUCGCUCUCAUUCCUUCUGCUAUCCCACGUAGCAGCGCAUUUGGCGACAGCUCUCUUGGAUCCUGCUGAAGAAGCACUAAGGUUGGUUGUACCUAAGCCUGUGCCAGCUUUAGACCGCACGAAACACUCGCACGUGAUCGAGCAAGGAUUCUGCAACUUGUGUGGGUUCCAAACGUCUAGCUCCAGAACCAAGCAUUGCUCCGUUUGCAACAAGUGCGUGGCUGGCUUUGACCAUCACUGUAAGUGGUUGAAUCACUGCGUGGGAGUCAGGAACUACGUCCCUUUCCUUAUGUGUGUAUCUACAGCCAUAGCAGCUGCUACUUUCGUAGCCAUACUCGCGUUUGCGGAGCUCGCCAUACACAGGUUCGACUUCUCCCAUGAUUCCUCCACUAACUCCACCAGGACUUCUUCCCUUCCAACCAGCGACGCAACUUUCCUAGCUGCCGUUGGAGCGCUUGGUAUCCUGGCAACAAUCACAGCCGGAUUGCUUCUUCACCUCUGCUUCUUCCAUAUAUACAUCUCAUUCCUGGGACUCACCACGUACGAAUACAUCCGGCAGCAACGCCAACAAGCAGCACCAGAACCAACGCCAGCCACCCAAGACAGCAGGUUCCAGUGUCCUCCUAUCCUAAGACACAGACCAGUUGAUCUGCAAUGUGAUAAUCGCUCAUCUACAAGAACCACCUUCUUCACGUGUACCGUGCUGGAGAAGACGUUCUCUUCUUGCGCUGAACCUACGCCUACGCCUCCUAGUACCCCUCAGGAGUGUCAGGUUUGCGUGAUCUCCAACAAUGCAGUGGCGCCGAAGGAGGUUAAGACCGCGGUGAAGAAGUAUAGGACAAAAUGGAAUUGUUGUGCUGGUGUGCCUGAUAGUCCGGAUGAUACGAAUGCAAGUCCGACGGAAUCCAGAUGCCUCAUUUCUUUGUGCAGGCACAAGGUAAAGAGUAAGCUUCCAUCGAUUGACGGGCGUCCUCAUAGAUCCCACGGUCAUUGGUCAAGUGCCAAGCUUAGGAUGUUGUUUAGGGUGAUAGGUAAUCUAGGAAACCACCGUAGAAGAAACCAGACGCAACAACCCUCCAACAAAAUGAACCAAAUAGUUCCAGCGCCCGCAAACGACGAAACGUCAGAGGUACGAACAUUAAACAACCUAGUCCCGGUACCAAUAUACCCAGACGUGUCACGACGUGCUAACGCCCUCCCAUCUCUACCCCCACUACCGAGACGACGCAUUAUAAGCGAGUCGGAACUUGCCAACGCUCUGAACCUGCUGCAACAGCAGCAGCUGCGCGCAGUGCAACGUCGCCCCGGCAACCAGUAUAGACGACGCAGGCGCAGUGUUGUUCACAGGACUAAGACGCCAACGCUGUCGCCGAUCCAUGAAAGUGGCCUGUCGAAUCCUGCAUCUCCGUCCCGACAGAGCUGCACUGUUAAUUCCAUAAGUGGUGCUUGUACUCGUCCAUUCUAAACUAAAUAUGUGAUGUCUUAAUGUUAAGGGAUUUUUAUUAUGCAUUUAUAUGUAUAUUGUAUCGGUUUUUUUGGUUGGGAGAUUCAGACGCUUUCUUAUGGUAUCCUGUUCGUCGAUAGAAUGCAAGUUAUAUAUAUCUAAGACGAAUAUAUAUUCUCUUCAUCGUGGAUUACUCCAUAUUCGAUAAAUAUAUGGAAAUUUGUUUAAAUUUGGUAUCAUGGUUCCAUAUGAGGUUCAACGCCUCCGGAUAUACAGGGUGUUUAAUAAUUGUGAGGCAAAACAUCAGGUGAUGAUAGUACACAUCAAAAUAAGAAAAAAAUUUCUAUAAACAAAAUACGAGAAAGUUUGAACGUUUCGAUUGAUUUUGAUGAAACUUUAGUCAUAUGCAUAACUUUUCACGGCAAAUCUUAAAAAGAUGAUAUUUUCUUCACCAAAAAAGUAGUAGGUUUAUCGAAAAAUUGAUAAUGAAUAAAACUCCUGUACACUUUUUUGUCUGUCAUCCGAGAAAAACGUCGACAGUUUUCUAAAAAAAUCCGAUAGUUCAUGUAUAAAAUGAAUUUUGUGUUUUUUCGAUAGCAUGAGCCGUUAUCAAGAUAUAGGCUUCUAAAAAAAAUAAUGCCAAUUUUACUUCAGAAAGUUAGAAAAAAUUAUUAACUUCUUUAUUGAAUUGAAAAUGGCAUUAUUUUUUCAGGAUUUUUUCGGAUUUCAAGAAAAAUUGUCGAAAUUUUUCUCGGAUAUCAGAAAAACUAGUAAACGGGAGGUUUAUGCAUUACCCCUCACUUUUUUGAGAAAGCUACUCCAAAAAAUUUUUUGUGGAGGAUAUAUAAUUAACAGACGCGUUCAAACGUUAUUGCACAAAAUGUAUGAUCAAAAUGAAGACUUUGAAUGACAGUAAUUCGAAAAGGAAGCAUUUUCGGACAUAUAUUUAUAGGAACUUUUUUUUCUUAUUUUAUGAGUACUACCACCUCCUGAAGUAUUGACCCACAAUUAGAAAACACCCUGCACACAAUGCGUGAUGUGCAUGCACGAACACGAUUGUCCCAAAGCAUGAAUAUUUCACGCUCUACUACUACUGCGAUUUUAAUUAAAUUCGAAAUGAGUGUUCAGAUUUGGCUGCAAGUAAUUCCAUCGGAAUUCCAGUGAAAAAAAAACAGAAAGCAUUAAACCACACUAAUUGGCAGAGUAUAUUUGGCAGUGCUUCUCAAAAAUGCACAAUAUAAAUAUAAAACAUUAAUUUUUUUCUAAGAUGGAGAUCUUGUUAAAGUUGUUGAAAUUGAGAUGAAUCAUGAAUAUCUGUUAGCAGUUUUGUUUCCCUAAUGAAAUAUAUUUUUUCUGAGUAAUUUGACGAUCAGAUGGUUUAAGAAUAUCCUUCUUUCACUCUGAAAUUGCCCCUUGCCUUCAUAUAUGUACAAGUAUAUUUGAAUUCAGAUGUGAUAUUGAAUGAAAUGAUACUUAUUCAAUCAUAUAUAUUUAUAGAAACCAAUAUUUUUGUAAAUCCUUAUUAGUUAUCAUAUAACUGAAUUCAUUUUCAACAUACAUAUCCAUCUCCCCCAAAAAAAUCGAAGCAAAAAUAUGACAAAGUUGUAAAAAAGUUUAUGAAAAAUUGCUAUAGGGCCACCUUUAUUAACCAAAUGUUGAUAAAUUAAACUUAUGUUAUUCAUUUUUGUUUUUUUCUACAUUCCCAAAUGACGAUAUCAUUGGUUGCAACUAUAAGCGAUGUAG